AUGGCUCCCUCACUUUGCCGUACUUUGGUCUUCGGACUCUGCGCAAUUCAUACUGCUUUCGCUCAAUCUUACACUGAGAAAUACCGUCCCCAGUACCACUUCACCCCCAAGGACAAUUGGAUGAACGAUCCAAAUGGCUUGAUAUACUACAAUGGUGUCUACCACAUGUUCUAUCAGUACAACCCAGGCGGCAACACCUGGGGAGCCAUGUCCUGGGGCCAUGCGACCAGUCGCGAUAUGACGCACUGGAAGCAUCAGCCGGUCGCGCUCCAGGCACGUGGCUUUCCGAACAACAUCACCGAGAUGUUCUUCUCUGGCACGGUAGUUGCAGAUGAAAAGAACACGAGUGGUUUCGGCAGCCGUAAGAAGGCGCCCUUGGUUGCCAUGUACACGUCUUAUUACCCAAUGGCUCAGAAUCUACCAAGUGGAAAAUCCGUACAAAAGGACCAGCAGGCCCAGUCGAUUGCCUACAGUCUCGAUGAAGGCAUGACAUGGACGACGUACGAUGCCGCGAAUCCAGUCAUCCUUGACCCACCUAGUCAAUACGCGGACCAGGUCAAAGAGUUCCGUGACCCCUCCGUAUUCUGGCAUGAUGCGACCAACAAGUGGGUUGCAGUUAUCUCCUUGGCCAAGCUCCACAAGCUGCUUGUCUACACUUCGUCAGAUCUCAAAACAUGGAAGCAUGAGAGCGAGUUCGGCCCGGUGAAUGCUGUGGACGGCGUGUGGGAAUGCCCCAGCUUCUUCCCGCUUGCUGUUGACGGAAACAAGAGGAACGUGAAGUGGGUCGCCCAGAUUGGGCUUAAUCCUGGCGGACCCCCUGGUACGAUUGGCUCCGGAACACAGUACGUGGUGGGAAGCUUCGACGGAAAGAAGUUCACCGCAGAUGCCAACAACGUUUACCCAGCUCCAACUACGCCCAAGGACAGCGUCAUUUUCCAGGAUUUCGAAAAGGCUGGAACCUUCACUGACCUCGGCUGGAAUGCUACUGGAGACUUCGUCGGGGCAGGGCCAGCCAAUGGACCUAUCAAUGGACAGCAGACAGUGACCGGAUUUUCUGGUGAACGUUUCGUCAACACAUUCUUGAACGGAGAUGCCACUACCGGAGUUCUCACAUCCCCGUCUUUCAAAGUUACGCAAAAGUACAUCAACUUCCUCAUCGGCGGAGGUUACAACCCGGGUAAGACAUGCGUUAACCUAAAGGUUGACGGCAAGGUCGUACGCACCGCCACCGGCACAAACAACGAAAAGCUCUCCUGGACCGGCUGGGACGUCAGCGCCUUUCAGGGUCUGAACGCCGUCAUCGAGAUUGUCGAUUCCCUUACCGGCGGCUGGGGCCACGUCAACGUCGACGAGAUUUCCUUCUCGAACACGCUCGCCGAAACGCAAAAGGCAAACUGGAUGGACUACGGCCCAGACUUCUACGCGGCUCUAUCCUUCAACGGACUUCCCUCCGAAGAUCGAAUCGACAUCGCGUGGAUGAACAACUGGCAGUAUGGUCAGGCCAUCCCUACCAGCCCCUGGAGAAGCGCCAUGUCCGUUCCACGAACGCUCUCUCUGAAGACUAUCAACAGAAAGACCACACUGGUGCAAGAGCCCAUCGACAACUUGAAGUCCCUCGAGAAGUCGCGCAAGUACUCUCGAUCUUGGAACUCUGUGCAGCAGGGCGACCAGGAAUUGGAUCUCUCUGGAAAGGCAAUGGACAUCACCUUGACUUUCUCCGACCGUUCUCCUGCUAGUGGGAAAUCGCCACAGUUCGGUCUUGUUCUCCGGGCUUCCGCUGACUCGAAGCAACAGACGCGUGUCGGUUACGACUUUACGACCAAGCAGCUGUUCGUGGAUCGGUCGGCCUCUGGUGAAGUUGGAUUCGACAGCACAUUCCCUGCUGUAUUCUACGCACCGUUGUCCCCAGGCAAUGACGGUACGGUCACGAUACGCAUUCUUGUCGACUGGUCCUCCGUUGAGGUCUUUGGAGGGAAGGGAGAGACCUCUCUGACUGCUCAGAUCUUCCCGAGCGACGAUGCGGUUCGCGCUCGCAUCUUCUCGACGGAUGGUAACACCAGGAACGUCAAGAUCAGCGCGAGUCAGAUUGGUUCCGCGUGGAACUAAGGGAGUGUUGCCUUGAUGAGUAAACUGGAAAACCUCGAGGCUGCACCGCGAUUGGAACGGGUCGAACUUGUACAUAUGUGGUUGGAAAGAUGGGUCCUUCAAUUGAAUGUAAAUAUUUGCGGAGCAGCAGAGCUUAGAACUAGAACGUUGUAGAUAGUCUGAUUAUGAAAUUC